GUCGGCGCCAAGCGACGCCAAGCGACGGAUGUGUGUCGUCGGCGUGCGGUGCGGAUCACCCCGGGGGUUCUGUCAGCCAGUGCGCUCGUAAGCGGUAGAGAAAGAGAGACAAGAGUGAGACAUGUUCCACAAGGGAACGACGCUCGGAUGCUGGCUCGUGUGGUGCUGCAUCUUCCUGACGUACCACGUGGUCAGCGAGGCACCAGCAGCCGGCGCUAACGAUGUCCUGGUAUUUACCGUCGCCUCCAACGAGACGGACGGCUUCCAGAGGUACCUGAGGUCGGCCGAGAUUUACGGAUUUCGCGACAAGUUGAACGUCCUUGGCCUGGGCGAGCCCUGGAAAGGCGGUAACGUUGUGAAAUAUGCCGGCGGCGGAUACAAGAUCAAUCUCCUCAGGAAAGCCUUGGAGGAUCAUCAGAACGAUGAAAGGAAGAUCGUCUUGUUCACCGAUAGCUACGACGUUAUAUUCCUCGGCGAUCUGUCCGCCAUCGUCGAGCGUUUCCUCGACACCGGCGCGCGAGUCCUGUUCUCCGCGGAGGCGUACUGCUGGCCGGACAAGUCCCUGACGGCGCACUAUCCGCCCGUGUCGAGGGGCAAACGAUACCUGAACUCCGGCGGUUUCAUCGGCUACGUGUCCGACGUGUACCAGAUCCUGGACACCGAGCGCAUCAAGGACGAGGACGACGACCAGCUCUUCUACACGACCGUGUAUCUCAACGACGAGCUCAGGACGCGGCACAAGAUCAAGCUGGAUCACAAGUCCGAGAUAUUUCAGAAUCUCUUCGGUGCGGUGGCCGACGUGGAGCUCAGAUUCAAGGGGCAUGAGGCUUAUCUCCAGAACAUCGUCUAUAACACGGUGCCCCUGGUGCUCCAUGGCAAUGGGUUCAGCAAGCUGGUCCUGAAUUCCCUGGGCAAUUACCUGGCCCGCGCCUGGACGCCGGACGAGGGAUGCCUGGCGUGCUGGGACCGGACCAUCGAGCUCAACAAGACCAAGCCGGAAACGUAUCCGGUCGUUCUGAUAGCCGUCUUCAUCGAGCGUCCCACGCCGUUCCUGGAAGAAUUCUUCGGAGCUAUCUACCGACAAAACUAUCCGAAGUCGAAGCUACAUCUCUUCGUUCACAACAACGUGUCCUACCACGAGGACGUGGUGGACGACUUCUUCGAGAGGUUCGGCCAGGAAUACCGGAGCGCGAAGCGGGUACUGCCGAGCGACGCCGUCAGCGAGAUCGACGCGAGAAAGUUGGCGAUGGAGCAUUGCUUGUUGAAGGAGUGUUCCGGGUAUCUGUCGAUCGACGCGGUCGCGCGUCUGAACAACGAGCACACGUUGAAGCUGCUGGUGGAGCAGCAGAGGGGGAUCGUCGCGCCCUUGCUCAUACGACCGUACAAGGCGUGGAGCAACUUCUGGGGCGCGAUCACGGACGACGGGUUCUACGCGCGGAGCUUCGACUACAUGGAGAUAAUAAAGAACGAGCGCAGGGGACUGUGGAACGUGCCGUUCGUCAGUAACUGCUACUUGAUCAACGCGACGAUCAUAGCGAACAAGGCGACCCGGCCGUCCUACGAGGCCGAUGGCGACCUGGACACGGAGAUGGCGUUCGCCCAGGGGAACCGACUGCGGGGUCUGUUCAUGUACGUCAGCAAUCGGCUCGAUUUCGGCCAUCUCGUCGAUCCCGAUACCUACGACAUCCGGCUCGCCUAUCCGGAAAUGUACCAGAUCAUGGACAACAAGCUGGACUGGGAGAAGAGAUACAUUCAUCCGAAUUACAGCGAGAACUUCAAUCCCGACAAGAAGCCGAUACAGCCGUGCCCGGACGUCUAUUGGUUUCCCAUUGUUAAUCUCAAGUUCACCAAGGAGCUCAUAGGAAUCGUCGAGACUUACGGACAAUGGUCGGACGGAACUAAUCACGAUCUACGGUUGACGGGUGGCUACGAAAACGUGCCAACCCGCGACAUUCACAUGAACCAAGUUCAGUACGAGCAGCAAUGGCUGUACUUCUUGAAAGAAUACGUUAGGCCGUUGCAGGAGCUCGUCUUCACCGGCUACUAUCACGACCCACCGCGGUCCCUCAUGAACUUCGUCGUGAGGUACCGCCCGGACGAGCAGCCGUCCCUGAGACCGCACCACGAUUCCUCGACCUACACCAUCAACAUCGCCCUGAAUCAGGCGGAAGUGGAUUACGAAGGCGGUGGAUGCAGAUUCAUCCGAUACAACUGCUCGGUCACCGACACCAAGCCCGGCUGGAUGCUGAUGCAUCCCGGAAGACUGACGCACUACCACGAGGGGUUGCGAGUGACCGCGGGCACGCGUUACAUCAUGAUCUCCUUCGUGGACCCGUGAUAGAGUAUCCCACUGUAAAAUCCAUAAAUUAUCCGGACUCUCUACCGUUGUAUUGAAAAUGUACUGCCAAUCGUAUCCAGAACGAGGAAUAUCAAAAGAUAGGAGAAAGAUAGCGCGCGCGAUCAAAAGAGAAAUGUAAUUCCACACACGGACGCGUUCAGGUUGUCGUCGACUAGAAACGUCAAUUGCCACUGAAUGAGGAACUGAAUAGGGCAUUUAACGGAUGUGUGAAAGCCGCUUAACCGAUGUAUUAUUUUUAUACUCUUUGAAAAUGCACGCCUAAUCGUGUUUUUUCAUAGCUAGCAAUAUUGCGAAUUUACGACGAGAGACGAUAAAAAUAUAUGAUACGUAUAUUGUGUAAUAUCGAUUGACAUCUUUAAAUUCGUCAGUUCUUUCAAAGUAUACACAAACAUCAAUAAUAAGAUUUAUAAUAAUAAAUGUUACCGAAAUACGAGCGUCGUGUUUUAA